GAAAAUGACAGCUUACGUCAGUGCCGAUAAAUGGUAAUGGUUAAUGGUAAAUAUAAAAGACGUCAAAAAUAAAAAGAAAAAAUUAAUUGCCAUGACGUAUUAUAAUUUUAGAUAGUUAAUGAAUAUCAAACUAUUCAUUUGUCUUGAAAAGAUUUUAUAUUUCAUUUAGAAUAGUAAAGUUUUAGAAACAACUACAAAAACCUAACCUAAAAGAAGAGACUGGUGUGCACAUUUUUCUGGAUUUAAUAACAAUUUUUACAGAACAAUUAUUUAACAAAUUUUAUUAAACAUGGAAGGAGAUUUUAUAAAAAACAAUUUAUUGAUAGGUAUGGGAAAUCCUCUUUUAGACAUCUCGGCUGUAGUAGAAACCGACCUACUCGAAAAAUAUGAACUCAAACAAAAUGAUGCUAUUUUGGCUGAAGAAAAACAUAAGCCUAUAUACGAAGAGCUUACGGCCAAAUACCCUGUUCGUUACAUUGCCGGCGGAAGUGUUCAAAAUACUUUAAGAGUGGCACAAUGGUUGCUAGAAAAACCAAAUGUAGUUACAUUUUUUGGGUGUGUAGGACAAGAUAAAUAUUCAAAAAUAUUGUAUGAAGAAGCUACUUCGAGUGGUGUUAAUGUUAAAUACCAGUACAGUAAUGCAUCACCCACAGGUACCUGUGCUGUGUUGAUCACAGGCUAUGAUCGUUCUCUAUGUGCAAACUUGGGUGCUGCCAAUGAUUUUACAAUUGACCAUCUGGCUGAUCCAGAAAAUAAAAAGUUGAUAGAAAGUGCACAGUUUUAUUACGUUUCUGGAUUUUUCUUAACAGUAAAUCCAGCAGCUCAAAUGGAAAUGGCCAAGUAUGCUGUAAGCAAAAACCGUCCGUUUGUAAUGAACUUAAGUGCCCCUUUCAUUUGUCAAUUUUUUUUCAAAGCAUUUUCUGAUGCUUUACCCUACACAGAUCUGUUGUUUGGAAAUGAAUCUGAAGCUGAAACUUUAUCGGAGAGUUAUAAUUUUGGUACCAAAAAUGUUGAAGAGAUCGCAUUGAAAAUAUCUGAACUGCCUAAAGAAAAUGAAAAUAGAAAAAGGAUAGUUAUCAUUACCCAAGGUGUUGAACCCAUUAUAGUUGCAACAGAAGGCAAAAUACAGAAGUUUCCUAUUGUUCAGUUGCCUAAAGAGAAAAUUGUUGACACAAAUGGGGCUGGUGAUGCUUUUGCAGGUGGAUUUUUAUCACAAUACAUUUUAGGCAGAAGCUUGGAAAUAUGUAUAAAAUGUGGAGCUUGGGCUGCUGCUGAGAUUAUUCAGAGAAACGGAUGCAGUUAUGAGGGAAAACCUGCCUUUAAUCCAGAGUUAUAAUGUUACAUAAAUAACUUAGGUAUAAAUUGCUGCCUAUCUUUUAAAAAGAUAUUAAUACUAGAUUGCAUUUAUAAAUGGAUGACUUUAUGUGAAAACAUUUUACUACCAUUUUUUGUAAAAAAAGCAUUUUCUUUACUG